GUUGUUUCAGCAAUUGCAGCCAUUGAACUUCCAAGCGGACAAUGGACUGAUCUAAUGAAAAAUUUAUUGGAGAACGUCACCACGACUGAUAAUAGUCAACUCAAGAUAGCGACAUUAACAGCCAUUGGCUUUGUUUGUGAAUCGAUCGAUUCUGAUAUCUUGGCAGCUCAAUCAGGUGCGAUCCUAACCGCUGUUGUAUCGGGCGCUAGAAAAGAAGAACCAAAUCAGGAAGUUAGAAAAGCAGCAAUUGAUGCAUUAUAUAACUCGUUAGAAUUCAUUAGGGAGAAUUUUGACAGAGAGGGUGAACGUAAUUAUAUUAUGCAAGUCGUGUGCGAAGCCACGCAGAGUGCCGAUGUCAAUGUUCAGGUUGCUGCCUUUGAAUGUUUGGUCAGAAUCAUGCAAAUAUAUUAUGAUAAAAUGCGUUUUUACAUGGAGAAAGCAUUAUUUGGU